ACGCUACCCAUGAUGCACCGCUUCCCAGGGUUCAAAUCUAUCAUUUUAACGGCUAACGAACCAUACGUGUGUAAGAAAAAAGGCGAUAAAACGUUAACGGAGCGGGACAUGUCGCCGUUUUAGUGCUCGCGGACCGCGGGAGACUGUUAUGUGGCCACGGAGCCGCACGGAGGACGUUUUGUCGGGCUGACUGUUGAGCUUCCCACGAUGACUCCUACGGUUUCUGUCAGUUAGCACCGCCAGGCUAAGCUAACUCGUUGCUAACUCGUGUGGUCGUAGUUCCUCGGAGUUUCUUCGUCAACGAUGACCUAACUCCACUGCAGGCUUUGCCACAGGGAUGAUAUUCACCCGCCGCUUGGACCGCAGAGCUUGAGAGGAACCGCGCCGACCCCCUCCGAACCGCCGAGCCGACCCGGGAGAGAGGGGAGACCGACAGCGAGGGGAGACCAUGACCCUGGCUCCGAAGGAACUGUCCAACCUGCUGAGCAUCAUCUCGGAGGAGGCGUGCACCAACACCUUCGAGAGCCUGUCCACGCACUUCCACCACUACUUCGGCAAGGCGGAGCACUUCCGGGUGGGCUCGGUGCUGGUGAUGCUCCUGCAGCAGCCGGACCUGCUGCCCAGCUCGCCGCAGCGGCUCACCGCCCUCUACCUGCUGUGGGAGAUGUACCGCACCGAGCCGCUCGCCGCCAACCCCUUCGCCGCCGUGUUCGCGCACCUGCUGAACCCCGCGCCCGCCGGCGAGGAGCCGGAGAAGGUCCUGUCCGGCUUCCUGCCGCCCAUCACGCAGCCCGAGAAGUUCUUCCUGUCCCAGCUGAUGCUGGCGCCGCCCAGGGACCUCUUCAAGAAGACGCCGCGCCAAGUCUCCUGCAUGGACGUGGGCAACAUGCCGCAGUCGAUCGACAUCAGCGGGCUGCAGCUGGCGCUGGCAGAGCGUCAGUCGGAGCUGCCCACUCAGAGCAAGGCGAGCUUCCCCAGCAUCCUGAACGACCCGGACCCGGACUCGUCCAACUCGGGGUUCGACAGCUCGGUGGCCAAUCAGAUCAUUGAGUCUCUGGUGACGGGGCCCCGUCCUCCGCUGGAGAGUCAUUUCCGGCCCGAGUUCAUCCGGCCGCCGCCGCCGCUCCACGUGUGCGAGGACGAGCUGGCGUGGCUGAACCCCACGGAGCCGGCCCACGGCGUGCAGUGGGACCGCUCCAUGUGCGUGAAGAACAGCACGGGCGUGGAGAUCAAGCGCGUCAUGGCCAAGGCCUUCAAGAGCCCGCUGUUGGCCCAGCAGCAGUCACAGCUGCUGGCCGAGCUGGAGCGGGACCCGAAGCUGGUCUAUCACAUCGGCCUGUCCCCGGCCAAGCUGCCCGAUCUGGUGGAGAACAACCCGCUGGUCGCCAUCGAGAUGCUGCUGAAGCUGAUGCAGAGCAGCCAGAUCACAGAGUACUUCUCUGUGCUGGUGAACAUGGACAUGUCGCUCCACUCCAUGGAGGUGGUGAACAGGUUGACCACCGCCGUCGACCUGCCGCCCGAGUUCAUCCACCUCUACAUCUCCAACUGCAUCUCCACCUGCGAGCAGAUCAAAGACAAAUACAUGCAGAACCGCCUGGUCCGCCUGGUCUGUGUCUUCCUGCAGUCGCUGAUCCGCAACAAGAUCAUCAACGUCCAGGACCUGUUCAUCGAGGUCCAGGCCUUCUGCAUCGAGUUCAGCCGCAUCCGCGAGGCCGCCGGCCUCUUCCGCCUCCUCAAGACGCUGGACACGGGAGAAAACCCCGCCGAGGCCAAGCCCGCCAAAUAACACGGCUCUCGCCACGAGACACGCCGCCACCCACCACCACGGCCCCCGGGGCCUUUAAAGUCGAGUUAAAGGGACAGAACAUUCUCCACGUCUUUGUCUAUAACAGCUGAGAACUAAUAUUGUAAAUAUGUUGUUUAAGUUUUUCCUCUUUCCACUCGCCGCUGCUCCGAUCAGCCUCUGAACUUCCACACCGACGGACUCGAUCCAGCUUCUCAUUUUUUACCAGUUCUCUGUUGUUUCCUUUGGAAAAAUCAAACUUUUCUCUAAUUAAAACGGUGUCAUGGACUUUCA